AUGGUUUUCUCUCAACCCAUUCAAAGCAACAACCCGCAGGUACUGCUCUCUGGCCUGGUCGAAACCAUUCUACACUUCAACGGUGCCAUCAUCCCCAUCAUCAACUCUCUCCUGCUGCUCGGCAUCAUCCCGGCGUCCUUGAUCUACUACCUCCAGCAGCCAGUCUGCGGUUGCCGCCGCCCAUUCUCCAAGGCCAAACUUUCUGCAUCCGCCAUUCUUGCGGCCAUUGAGCUGGUUGCGCUCGCGUCCCCUGCGAUUCGUGCGGUUCCGUGCGACAACGAGAUUCCUGUCAGUGCUUUCCUGAGCUUGGCGGCUGCCAGUGUCGUCCUGGCCAUUCACUACGCCGAGCAUGCAUGCGGCGUCAAUACACCAGCAUUCUUCCGCAGCUACAUUCUCACGGGAUCUGUGCUGGACGGGGUCAAGGGCCUGUACUUUGCUCGCCACCAGCUAUGCACUGCUAGUGGUGCCUUGGCCAGCGCAGCCGGCGUCACGCGCCUCCUUCUAUUCGCUCUCAACAAGACACAAGCUCCGAGCAGCGGAUGUGGUCACGACCAUGCCAUGAGCCACCUAGGCUCCCAUGAUUGGGGCUACUCCAAGUCUGCAUUACUCGAUCCCUUCCUCAAUUCUCUCGCGCAGACCUGUCUCCGGACAUGGAACACCUCCGUCACGGCCUCUGUCACGUUGCGCUUCGCGGCUUCUGUCUUGUCUCUUGCCCAACCGUUCGUGCUGUACUGGAUGCUUGUUACUCUCGGCUGGAGCGACGAAACCAGUCUUUGGACCAAGUCCACGCUUCUCGUCAGCUUCAGCGUCGUCGUUUGGGGAAAGGCGGCACUAGGUUCUGCGGCGACGCGUGCCGUCUAUGGUUUGGCCCUGACACUCGUAUUCGUCUUCAUCGAUGGAUGCCUUGCCGUGUACUGUCUGUCCUGGCUCGUGGGCUGGUCUUCGGGAGUCUUGGCCCUUUUGGUCUUGAUCGCUGCGAGCGCCGUUGUCUUCUUUGGUUACCACAUCGUGCCGUCUUUGGGCGUUUGGAGACGUGAUCUCGAUACGCGCGUUGGGAAGACGUCAAGCAUACUGGGCCGACUGACCGCCAUCAAAAUGAUUGGACUCGCCCCUUUAAUCUCCGAAUUCAUUGAAAGCCUCCACUCUACUGAGCUGGAAAGUUACGGGGUGUUUCGAACGGUGCAAUCUGUCUCUCAAUUGGCCGUGUCAUUUUCUAGUCUGACGGCGCCGGCCGCUGUCAUACUAACCGCAUCGCUCUGCAACACGUUUACCGGCGGACUCUCUCCGGCUGUAGUUUUUGCCACUUGGAAUCUCGUUUCGAUGCAGGGUCGCCUCGUGGCUUCUCUUUCUAAGGCAUAUUUAGAUACGAUUGUGAUGCUGCAGUCGUUUAAUCGCAUUCAGGAGUUCCUCUCCCUUGACGAAAGAAGCGACAACAGGGUGUUGGAGUCACCGAGCAUGUCCAACACGGUGCGAGCGCCUGCUUUCUCAAGGCAGAGACCAGCACCCACCAUUGCAGAAGCGGCAGCACCAUGUAUUGAGUUUCAAAAUGUGACGAUUACGCCAGCUGGUUCGCAGUCGCCUCUAUAUCACGACGUCAGCUUUUGUAUCCAAAGGGGCAAGAUGACAGCGUUGGUCGGGCAACGGGGGUCCGGAAAGUCAGUCAUGCUAGAGGCUAUGCUCGGCGAGGCCAAGCUCAGUGACGGAACCGUGUACGUGGCUGCCAAUGUCAUGGCGUUUAGCAGCCAAACCGUUUGGCUCAAGAACGCUUCCAUCCGCGACAACGUGAUUGGGCCGCUCCCGUUUGAUACGCGACGUUUCAAACGAGUGAUAAAGGCCUGUUUGCUACAAGACGACUUGAAAACGCUCCCCGGUUCGGAUGGCUACAUCGUCGGCCUCGCCGGCGCGCAUUUGAGCGGCGGUCAGCGCCAUCGGGUCGCCCUCGCGCGGGCGCUCUAUGCGGAGCCGACAGUCUUGCUGCUUGACGACUUGUUUAGUUUCCUGGAUCGCAGAACGGCCGUGUCGAUCCUCUAUCGGCUGCUUGGACACGACGGUCUUCUUCGAGUAGCGGGAUGCACCGUUGUGUUUGCCACAUCACUCGUCGAGAGCUUUGACGUUGCUGAUCAGUUUCUGGUGCUGAAUGUCGCAGACAAUACGGUGGCGCUCGAGUCCAACAGAGGCCAGGCACACAUUGCCAACCUACUACGUACACAGCAUGUCAGCGCUCCGGAAGCGCUCGAGGAAAAGCAACAAGAAGCCCUUCGCCGGACUUUUGAUGCGCGCAACCUCCCUGGCCUCGAUUUUGACCGAGAUCUCGUUCCCCACACGCUUAGAGAGCCUAGAGCCUUUCGGUUACUCUUCAGCUCCGUCGGGAAAAGGAAGCUGCUCUUUUGGUGCGGUCUCGUUCAGCUUAUUUGUAUCCUCGAAGUCUUCUCUAAAACCAACCUGCGACGAUGGAUCGAAAACGAAACCGAUGUGAAGGGGCUAUUUACUGGCCAUGUUUGCCCGAUCCUGCUCUCAUGCUCGAUCGGUCUAUUCUUAUUUUGGGCAACACAAAUCAGAGAUGCCUCCAGCGCUGCUAUAUUUCUUCACCAACGACUUUUACAUUCAGUUAUGCGGUCAACGGCAGGCUUCAUGGACGAUGCCGGCAGUAGCAGGAUUGCCAGCAGAUUCAACCAGUCUAUUAGCUAUUUUACGGCUUCGCUACCCACGAGCUUGCUGCAACUCCCCUACUACGGGACGGUACUGGUUUUACAUUGCGUCGUCAUUCUAAAAGGUCCCAAGUACAUGGUUUCUGUGCUGCUAGCCACUACCGUCUACGUCAUGCGCGCCUAUGUCAAGACCUCUUGCGAACUAAGACAUGUCAAAGCCAAAGAGACGGCCCGCCUGCAUACCUUUUUCCAAGAAACUGCGGCUGGACUCGUGCACUCUCGGGCGCUUCGGUGGCAACCUCAUCAUCUGGAGCACGGCUUCAAGCUCAUUGAUAACCAUCAAAAAGCCUCCUUGUACUUGCUGUAUACUGAUGAAUGGCUUCAAGGCAUGUCGUCGGUCAUUGCUUGCGUUGUAGCCACGGCCGUUGCUGCAUUUGCUCUGUUUGGACAAGGUGGAGGCACAACGGCGGUGGUUGGUCUGUCGCUGCACCAAGCGACCUUCCUGAGCGACUUUAUUUACAAAAUGGUGCAGUCUUGGGCCGCAUUUGACGAUACAUGGGCGGUCAUCUCGGACCUCUUUCUGUUCUUGAGGGACAUGCCCCAGGAACACGAGGCCCCCAAGCUUCAACUGUCUGAAGACUGGCCAACAAAGGGAAAAGUAGAGUUCAAAAACGUCACUGCUCGUCACGGGCCUGGUAAAAACGACGUUCUUAGUAAUAUCUCACUUACUAUUGAACCGGGGCAAAAGGUGUGCCUGUUCGGUCGGACUGGAAGUGGGAAAUCGUCCUUGCUCCUUGCCCUCCUCGGCUUUUUGGAGUACGAGGGCACAAUAUCAAUUGACGGGAUUGACAUCUCGUCCAUCCCUCGCGAUUUGCUUCGGUCGCGUGUAGUGGCUCUUUCCCAGGAAACUGUCCUGCUCGAGGGAUCCCUUCGUUCCAACCUACUCUGCUACGAAAAGCUGGCGCCGCCCGAGGAUGGAGAGGAAGCAGAACGGGGGGACUUGAGGACCGAGUUUGAUUCAGAACUGAGGAGCCUGCUUUCAGAGGUCGGCGUCUGGGGAGAGAUUGCUGCCCAGGGUGGCAUGGACGUUGCGUUGGCGGACGCUGGCUUCAGCACGGCCACGCUUCAGAUGGUUUGCUUCGCUCGCGCCGUGACCCGCUAUCAUCGUUCGACCGGGAAGCUUGUCCUAAUUGAUGAAGCGACGAAUGGCAUAGACAAGGAACGCGAUGCCGCGGUUCAGCAUGCCGUCUGGGAGCUUUUCGAAGGCUGCACUAUUUUGCAAGUCGCACACAUGGAGGAAAGCACGCACGAUGCUGAGCUCAGCGUCGAAAUCUCCAAAGGCAGAAUCGUCCACACACGGGCAGGCGACAGGACGUCGAAUAUGACGCACUUUCAAUAG